CAAAGACAGAGCUGCUCUCGCUUCCGUGUUUGUGUGAUCAGGGGGUGCGCAGCCGGGGAGCUUCACUGUCUCCAGUCUUUCAUUCAUUUAGAGGAGUAACGUUAAACGGGUGACCAGCGGGGAAAUGGCCUAUGAACUGAAACAUGUUUUUGCCAGCCUCCCACAGAUGGAGCGUGGUGUUGCAAAAGUGAUUGGCGGCGAUCCCAAAGGAAACAACUUCCUGUAUACCAAUGGGAAGUGUGUCAUCAUCAGGAACAUUGAUAACCCAGCCAUAGCAGACAUUUACACCGAACAUGCACAUAACGUAACUGUUGCCAAGUAUUCCCCUUCUGGCUACUACAUUGCAUCAGGAGAUGUCUCUGGAAAACUUCGAAUUUGGGACACCACCCAGAAGGAGCACAUUCUCAAGAAUGAGUUCUCGCCUUUUUCCGGCAUUAUCAAGGACAUUGCAUGGACUGAAGAUAGCAAGAGGAUCGCUAUUGUUGGAGAAGGACGAGAGAAGUUUGGGGCAGUGAUCCUUUGGGACUCUGGCAACUCAGUUGGUGAAAUAUCAGGACACUGCAAAAGAAUCAACAGCGUGGACAUAAGACAGUGUCGCCCUUAUCGCCUUGCCACAGGCAGUGAUGACACCUGUUCGUCCUACUAUGAGGGGCCUCCCUACAAGUUCAAAAACACAAAACAUGAGCACAGCCAGUUUGUCCACUGUGUUCGUUUUUGUCCAGAUGGAGAACGUUAUGUCACAGCCGGAGCUGAUGGCAAGAUUUGUAUAUAUGAUGGGAAAACUGGCGACUUCAUCAGCCCGCUGGGUGGAGAAAAGGCCCACAACGGAGGAAUCUAUGCAGUCAGCUGGAGCCCUGACAGCUCCCAACUCAUCUCUGCCUCAGGGGACAAGACGGUGAAACUAUGGGAUGUGGCUACAGGUACGGCUGUCACCACCUUCAACAUGGGCACCGAUGUAGCCGACCAGCAGCUGGGCUGCCUGUGGCAGAAGGACCACCUCCUCAGCAUCUCCCUGUCAGGAUACAUCAACUACCUGGACAAGAACAACCCUGACAGGCCCAUUCGCGUAAUCAAGGGACACAGCAAAUCCAUUCAGUGUCUUGUGGUUCACAACAGCAAAGGACAACAGUACAUCUACUCUGGCAGCAAUGAUGGACACAUCAAUUACUGGGAUGCAGAUUCUGGGGAGAAUGACUGCUUCUCAGGGAAAGGCCACACCAACCUGGUGAGCAAGAUGGCAGUCACUGAAGCUGAUGAACUGGUGACCUGCAGCAUGGAUGAUACACUGCGCUACACCAGCAUCAACAAGAAGGAGUACAGUGGUACAGACAUGGUAAAGAUGGAUUUCCAGCCUAAAAGUGUGUCAGUAGCAUCUGGGGGGCUGUCACUGGCUGUGUGCAUUGGACAGGUUAUCUUGCUGAAGGAUAAGAAGAAGGUCUUCACAUUGGACAAUCUCAGCUAUGAACCCGAGGUUGGAGUCAUGCACCCUAAUGGCACCACUGCUGCCGUGGGGGGAACGGAUGGGAACGUGUAUCUGUACUCAGUUCAGGGCAACACUCUGAAGGACGAGGGUAAAAUUGUGGAGGUUAAAGGGCCAGUCACAGACUUGGCUUACUCUAACGAUGGAGCCCAUCUGGCUGUCAUUGAUGAGAGAAAGGUUGCCACAGUUUUUAAUGUGGCUGAUGGCUACUCAACCAACACUGAGUUUUACGGACACCAUGCCAAACCAGUGAGCUUGGCCUGGUCACCUGAUAAUGAGCACUUUGCCACUGGUGGGAUGGACAUGAUGGUGUUUAUCUGGACACUUGGUGAUACUGACAAGAGGAUUAAACUCCCAGACACUCACCGGUUGCACCAUGUCAGUGGCCUGGCCUGGGUAGACGAGCACACUCUAGUCACCACCUCCUACGACGCAAGCAUCAAGCAGUGGACUGUUUCAUUCUGAGCUGCAGGCAGACAAACAUCCAUAUCUCCAGGGACAAGGACUACUGUAUAAUUAAAUCCUUUUUUAAACUCUUUUUUUUCACUGUCUAGCAGUGGUCUAUGCUGUGUGUAAACAUCAGGAUUAUGAAUGGUUAUGGCUGGGAAAUACUCCCAUAAGAAUGAUCCAAGAUAUGUCUCUUUAAUGCAAAUAACCUCAACUUACACAAAGUGUUGAAGUAAACAAUAUAACCACGAGUGCUUUUACAUCUCUUUUAAGCGUUUUGGACCCAGAGAAAUAUUUGUUAGCUCAACAUUCCAUAGCUAAUAGCUUUCAAUGAGUUUAACCUAAAAUCAUCGUCUGUGGUUGGGGUCCAUGCAUCCUGGCUAAACGGAUGAACCAAAAGCAAAUUGUUUUUUUAAAUCAACAAAAUGCUUGAAAAAAAUUAAACCUUUUGGUUACAUUCCUGAAAUGAGAAGUACCUGGUCCUCACUGCAGAUGCCUGUCAUGUUUAUUUCAAGGUUUUUAAAGAGUGGGUGUUUUUUUGCUUUUUGCUUUGUCUGAGGUGUCAUACAUUAUGUGAUUUAAAACACUUACUGUCAGAAUGGGGAGCAAUACUAGGAACAGAAAGAACAAAGUAUGUGUAAAAUCUAGAUGCGGUGUGAUUGUUUGAUGGUCCUGUGUUUGAUGCUGUUUUUGUUUGGGCCCACAAUGCUUGUCUCACUUUUUUCUUUAUGUCAUUAUGCAUCCACCUCUAAAUCAGGGGGGGUUCAUGAAUAAUAAUAAAAACACUUUUUAUGCAAAUUUUAGUCAUUUUUUUUAAUUGGAAGGUUGAUAUAAAGUCAUUAAAGAGCAAAAGAGGUGUGUAAAGACUGAGAGGAGCAGACAAAAAAGCUUUAAAGAAUCUUUUACCACAAGUUGUCUGUGACUGAGUCAUGAUGUCAUCAUAUAAGUGAUCGAACAAUGGACUUUUUCUUAUGUCAUCUCUUUUGCCAUAAAUGU